GCCGCUCUAGCCGCCGCUCUCGAUGUGUGUCGCUGCCGACCAAUCGCAGGGCGCGCCGGCCUGCCCCGCCCGCGGAUCAGCUGAGGGCCGCGAUGUCUGUUGACAGCGGCGGCGCGGCCGGUUCCGGGGCCGGCGCGCGGCGCGGGGCGUGAGUCCGAUGGAGCCGCCCGGGGGAGGCGAGCAGCCGCCGCAGCAGCCCUGGGGGAGGCUUCUCCGCCUGGGCGCCGAGGAGAGCGAGCCGCACGUCCUCCUGUGGAAGCGCGAGUGGACCAUCGGGCGGAGGAGAGGUUGUGACCUCUCAUUCCCCAGCAAUAAACUGGUCUCUGGAGAUCACUGUAAAAUACUUGUGGAUGAGAAGUCUGGCCAGGCAACACUGGAAGAUACCAGCACCAAUGGAACAGUGAUCAAUAAGCUGAAGGUUGUUAAGAAGCAGACUUGUCCUCUACAGACUGGGGAUGUCAUUUACUUGGUGUACAGGAAGAAUGAGCCUGAACACAAUGUGGCGUACCUCUACGAAUCUCUACGUGAAAAUCAAGGCAUGACACAAGAAUCCUUGGAAGCCAAUAAAGAAAAUGUGUUCCAUGUGACCAAAGAUUCCUCAGGUCCAGGGCGGGGUGACGACCCCCAGGUCCCACCAGCGUCGCCCACCACUCAGGCAUGCUUGGAGGAACCACAGCCAUCCACAUCGACGUCAGACCUCUUCCCCAGGGCCUCCACCUCUUCCACAGAGACGGCUGCUGCAGGGCGAGAGCAUGCCUUCAGCUCUGGGGCCGGGGGUACAGGCUUCUCCGUAAAAGGAUAUGGUCCAUCUGUGGGAAAUGGUGAACUCUGCAGCCCUGCUUCAGCUCCCCCAGACAGAGAGGGAGCACAGUUUUCUUUGCUGGAACCCCAGAACCAGGAGAAUUUGGAACCCGUGAAAAAGAAAAUAAAAGCAGGUGAGGUGCUUGACCUGAACCUGCAGCAUUUGGUUGCAGACCAGGGUAGAAACACCCAAACCUCCCGUGAGGAUGUCAGAGUUGCUGCUGUGAAGCCAGACAAGAUGGAGGAGACGCUCACGUGCAUCAUCUGCCAGGAGCUGUUGCAUGACUGUGUGAGCUUGCAGCCCUGCAUGCACACGUUCUGCGCAGCUUGCUACUCCGGCUGGAUGGAGCGUUCUUCCCUGUGCCCUACCUGCCGCUGUCCAGUGGAGCGGAUCUGUAAGAACCACAUCCUCAACAACCUUGUGGAAGCGUACCUCAUCCAGCACCCAGACAAGAGUCGCAGUGAAGAAGACGUGCGAAGUAUGGACGCCAGGAACAAAAUCACCCAGGACAUGCUGCAGCCCAAAGUCAAGAGGUCUUUUUCUGAUGAAGAAGGAAGUUCAGAGGACCUGUUGGAGCUGUCAGAUGUUGACAGCGAGUCCUCAGACGUCAGAUGCAGAGCUGCCCCAGUGCCUGGGGGCCUGCUCCUCUGUGGCUCCAGCUCUGCCACGUGCUCUUCCUGCAGUCAGCCAUACAUCGUGUGCAGACAGUGCCCCGAGUACAGAAGGCAAGCGGUGCAGCCCCUUCCCUGCCCAGCACCCGACAGUGAGCCGGGGGCCCGGCAGGCCCUUAGUGGGGAUGCACCAACAGCAUCCGCCAGCUUCACAGCAGCAACCCAGGAUUAUGUGUGCCCUCUACAAGGAAGCCACGCCAUCUGCACCUGCUGCUUCCAGCCCAUGCCUGACCGGAGAGCAGAGCGGGAGCAGGACCCAAGAGUGGCCCCUCAGCAGUGUUCAGUCUGCCUGCAGCCCUUCUGCCACCUGUACUGGGGCUGUACCCGCACCGGUUGCUUUGGCUGCCUUGCCCCUUUCUGUGAGCUCAACCUGGGGGACAAGUGUCUGGAUGGAGUGCUGAACAGCAACAUCUACGAGUCGGACAUCCUGAAGAAUUAUCUGGCAACCAGGGGUCUGACAUGGAAAAACAUGUUGACAGAGAGUCUUGUGGCUCUCCAGCGAGGAGUGUUUUUACUGUCUGAUUACAGAAUCACUGGGAACACUGUACUAUGUUACUGCUGUGGCCUGCGCAGCUUCCGGGAGCUGACCUAUCAGUAUCGGCAGAACAUUCCUGCUUCUGAGUUGCCAGUGGCUGUAGCAUCCCGUCCUGAUUGUUACUGGGGCCGUAACUGCCGCACUCAGGUGAAAGCCCACCAUGCGAUGAAAUUCAAUCACAUCUGUGAACAGACAAGGUUCAAGAACUGAACAUCAAGGGGACACACGGGCAGUUUGGAGUACUGGAGGCAGGGACACUGCGGUUAAGAAUUCUGAAUACCCAACAUUUUAAGGGCAUUUUUACAGUUUCCCCUAAGCAGUGCUGGGUCUGGUCAGAUUCUGUUGUGUGGCUUUUUCUUUUAUGGAAUUUUACCCCCAAGCAGCCUCUGGCCACCGCCGUCCUCCUGGUGAGUGGUGGGAGCAGCUGGCUGAGGCCUCCUGCCAGAGCACAGCGGCCCCUCCCUAGAGGUGGAGUAGUCCAGUUUUGCUCUUUUGUACCUUUUCCACAACUGCAGUUAAAUGGAAAUCUCUUUUCAGGAAAAGUUUCAUGGGAAAAAGAGAAGUUUAAUCAGAAGCAUUCUGUUUAAGGAAAGGGAGAGUAAAUUUACAGCCUACAGGAUGUACAGAAUAUGACACUGUUGAGAAAACCACACCUUUUAUAUAUUUUUAAUGGGUUUGGUGCUUAUCUUCUAAUAAGAUUAAAAUAUCACAAACUGUAGCACAAAUAAUAUAAUUUGCAAAUUUACUAAAAUCGGGGGUAGUAUGAUAUCUCAAAGAAUGAGCAUAUGUUUCUGUUUGUUGAAACAAUCAUCAGAUGUCCACAACAGCUAACCCUGGACAAAAUGUCAGGUUAGCAGCUCCUUACUAAAGUGUGUGAGUUGCAGCCGUUGUCCCCAGAGCAGGGCUGGCAGGUCCUUUUGUGGAGUGAGGGUAAGGUCGCCAGCCCUACUGCGUUCCCUCUGCAGCUGGGUGGGGCGUGGGGCCACUGCUUCCUAAUCUCUUUACUCCUCUGUUAGGUUUGCCAUGUCAUCUGGAAUAAUACUUGAAAUUUUGGUUUUUGUUUAAAAAAGGAAAAAGUUUUUUAUCUUUUGUCGAAAUCACCUGUUAAGUUUGUUCGCAAACUGGUAACUUUUUGCUUCUUCUCAGGAAUACAAUUUUCAACUGUUGUCUUGCUCUUGAAACAAAUUGAGAGGCAGCACUCUGUAUUUGUGGGAGAAAGUUCUCUUUUUUGAUUCUAAUAAACAAGCUGUGUUUGUUUCUCC